AUUUCAGACCUUCAGCAGAUGCAGUUAAAAAGAACAAUGAACAUAUCUGCUCUCUCCUUCCUCUACAGUCUUUGCUUUUGUUGUCAGUUGUUUGUCUCCGGGUGGAUAUCAAAAGACUGUACGAUGCACGAUCCUGCUUCCAGAGUACGCCUGGAUCAGCCCCCGGUUGAUUUCUCGAUUAAUGUUAGCCAAGUAACGUGCGGUAGGGCUGGCACUUACCAGCGUGAACUAAGGGACAUUGCUGCUGAUUUAGUUGGGCUAAGAGUUGAAGUAUUUGCUGUUCAAAAGGGAGCCUUUUCACAAUUUUAUAACCUGAAACAACUGCACUUAGAUAUAUAUAAAGGAACUGUCAUUCACGCUGGGGCAUUUCAUGGACUGAGAAACCUGGAAAGUCUUACUCUUGAGUUUAGAUGCCGCUUGGAUGAGUGUGUUAUUGAAGAAGAUGCAUUCCAAGGGCUGGAUAACCUAAAAGAAUUGUACAUGAGUGGCUCCACUAACCCCAUUGGAAAUGUAUACAUGAGCACAUGCAUAAAGAGUAAGUGUGAAGUGGUCUGCAGCAUGAAGAAAUAUGAUGUCCCUCGUGACUUUAACUUGGAAUUUAAAAAGCUGGACAGCAUCAGAAGAAACUGCACUGGCACCCCAGGCUGGGCACUGAACUCUCCUCUUGGGGGAGGUCGGCUGGUUGUAUCAGAUUUAGAGUUAUCAUGGAAUUUUUUCCCCACAAUCGAUAUCCGGUAUUUGUAUAAUUCUACUCGCCUUGACUUACUUAAAGUCGACCGGUCCUUUUUCAAAGUCAGUGAGUUACUGGAGUCUAGGAUCCAGACCGUUACCAAUUUCUCCCUGGUGAACUUGCUAAACAUAACAUACUUCUACCGUCAGAUGAAAAGUGUUUGCGAGGCUGUAAGUAGAUUCGGGGUCAAACAUCUCACCGUGGCUGGUAAUUCGUUAGUGAUUAUUUAUAGUCAAAUGUUUGAAAAGUGUGACCAGUUGGAAAGUUUGGAUUUAAGCUACUCUUUGUUAGUCCAGAUGACGCCAGGAUUUCUUUAUGCAAUGAAAAAGCUCAGACGCCUUGUUCUAUUAAACAACCUCUUAAACACUAUUAAUAUUUGUCCUACAAACAAGACGUUUAUUGCUCCGCUUUCCUACUUGGACUAUUCUAAGAAUAACAUAACUGGACUUAAAUUGGGGCAGUUUUCCUGUGUUGCAUAUUUGCUUUAUCUCAGUCUGGCAAAUAACAAACUGCAAACCAUUGAAAAGUCCGCGUUUCUUGGACUGAGAAGUCUGAGGGAAUUGAAUCUUGCUGCCAACAGAAUUCAGGUAAUCGGAGAAAAUGACUUCGAGCAUUUGAAUAGUUUAUCUACACUCACCUUGCUCAACAAUCCUAUUGAAGUGAUAAGUGCAGGAGCGUUUAAACAUUUGCAACUACGCGACCUCUCCCUAACUUCAGCAUAUGAUUAUUUUAUGUUCGAUCUUUCACAAUUUCGUCCUGGGAUAAGAACCUUAUUACUAGAAGCAAAAAGUGAUAUACACAUCCUAGGGAAAAAUGCUUCGCAUAUAAGUUCCUUGCAGAAUGUAUACCUGUAUGGAAUUGGGCGGGAAACUGUUGUAAUCUCCUUUGAAGACUGUGGGGCUGCACCUGUGACCACACUAAAAGAGCUUCUUGUCAAGAAAGCCUUCACCGAGUGUUUUGAUUUUGGGAAGAGUGCUACUAUAUUUGCUUCAUUUGUUAAUCUGGAAAAACUUUAUUUUCAGAGCCCUGCUGAUUCAAUUAAAAGCCUUGAUAUAUCAAGCCUACAUAAUUUGAGAGUCCUUUAUCUUGAGGAUAUAUAUCGUAUCACACUCGCAUUUCCUCAAAAGUCUGAACUACUUUUCAAGAACCUGACACGUCUGCAAUGUUUAAUUCUCAUAAAUUCUGGUUUUUCUUAUUUUACUCCAUUGCUGUUUAAGGACUUGACAUCUCUAGAACUGUUAAAAAUUCAGCAGCAGAAAAUUUUGAUUCUGGGGUUUCAGAUGUUUCAAAAUUCGGUUAAUUUGAAGUAUAUAUUUUUCAGUAAUGUAAUUUUCCAAUGCACCUGCCAGAAUGCGUGGAUAAUCCCGUGGGCUGCUACUAAGAACACAAUGCUGUUAAAUUUUAAAACGGAAAAAUGUUUCAGUCUGUAUGAUCAGCGUUCGUUUGUUACUUUUCUGGAACAUACAUGUGACGAACCCAUUGGCUUUAUCUUUUUCCUGCUUACAACUGCAUUUCUUUUAUUGUUUUUGAUGGUCACAUAUGUAUAUAAAAGGCUUGGUUGGCACAUUGUUUAUUUAAAGCACAUUCUCCGGGCUUGGUUAGAAAAAUUAGUAGGUGGGCAAUCUAAUAAAGUGCAUUAUAAAUAUGACGUGUUUAUUUCUUACAGCCAGAAAGAUGAAUGUUGGGUUUUCAAGGAGCUUCUUCCAAACCUGGAGCAAAAAGGACCAUCCUUUCUGAAACUGUGUCUCCAUAACAGGGACUUUGAGGUGGGGAAGGACAUUGUAGACAACAUUGUGGACAGCAUAUACAGUAGUAAGAAAACAGUCUGUGUGAUCAGCCGUCACUACCUACGGAGUGAAUGGUGCUCCUUGGAGAUGAGAAUGGCUACUUAUAGGCUCCUAGCAGAAAGCCAAGAUCUUCUCAUUCUGGUGUUCUUAGAGAGAAUCUCCCCCUAUGAGAUUUCAGCUUAUCAUAGACUGGCAAAGGUGAUCAAGAAAAAGACCUACAUUGACUGGCCAGAAACAGAGAAUGAAAAACAACUCUUCUGGUUAAGGCUGAAAGAUUCCAUCAUGAAAGCAAAAGAUUUGGACUGUCAGAUUUAAUCUGUUUUGUAGAUCUAAAAAAGAUUGAUCCUGGGAGUGUAGCUUGGCAUAGUCAGUGUAUUCAAACAAGUGUUUAUUAUUAUUAUUUUUUUCUGUGCAUGUCUCACAAAUCAUCAAAACAUGGCUUUUAUAGCUCAGAAUAACCAAAACUGCCUAAAAUAAUGAUUACAUUAUAAAUAUAUGCAAACCUUACUUAGAGAUAGGAAUGCACACCUCAAAAAUGUCCUGUACAUUUAUAAGUUUACACAAAGGAAUAUUUGGAGAUGUGCACACUUUUUAUGUGUCUGUAUAUGUGUGUUUAUGUGGGGGUAAGUACUAUAAGGUCUGAGUACAAAACAGAAGUUAGAUAAUGAAACAUUUUUUUUUAAAUGUUACUUAUAUUUGUCUGAUUGUACAGUAUUAUUUUGUAGUUCAUUUAUCCAGGUCUUCCCUCCUUUCAAUUAAUGCGAAGUUUGGAAUUUUGAUGGCUGUGGCUAUGGUACCUGCCCACUAAAGAACUUGACAUUUUUAUUUUAGCUUCCUAGGCGUGUUCCCAGAAGUAGUCAUUCAAGGUACGCUUGGAAGUUUUCCCUGAGGUAUUCACACUAGAUUAGCUAGGUUACUUUCCCACAUCUAUUAUAUUUUAAAACUUAACUGGUUAAGACUCAUUAAUUAUACGUUCCUUGUUUAAGAGUUGACCUGGAAACUUUGAUUCAAAUCAAAGGAUGUGUUAGCAGAAAUUGUAGAAAUCAGAACCCAUAUCUAAAGAAUGCAGUUCAUUAAUUGCACAUAACCUUAGCUGCCUCAUAACAGCUAAACUAAAUCCAUUAAACAUCUGCUUUAGCAUGAAGUACACCAUUAAAAAUAAAUGGGCUAUUGUAUCAUGUAGUAGCUAGAACUGUAGGAGAGAAUUAUCAGAUUUCCAUUAAGCAAUACCAUUUAUGUUAGUUUCACCCCUUGUUUUAGUACAAGAAAGGCAUUUACAGAACCCUGCUCCAUUUCACUUGGUGCUGAGUACACAGCUAAUACGAUCAACCACAUAACAACAAUCUUUUUCCGUUUUUUUCUAGAUUAGGGGUCGCCACAGCGGAACUCUUGUCCG